CGCUACAAUGUUUCCGCUUUGACUCGUGGAAUUCUGAAUAGGUAAGAGUGUUGUUAUUUUGAGCUGAACAAAAAUGGUUAAAUGUUUCUGCUUGUAGGACUUUGUAAUACACAUGUUACAACAUUCUGCUGCUGUCGUGUAGCUUUGCUAACAGGGUGAAACGUUGCACUUGGGGUUUAUUCAUUACGCCGAUUAUGUUGCAAAACAUUUCGUCUGUUGCAAAACGUUUUGCAACAGAAACCGUUUACGCCAAACGGAAAAUGUUUUGCAACGAAACGAGAGUUUAUGGGUGUGUUCGUAAAGUCAAUCUGGAGUGCCAGAGUGCGCACUGGGCGUUCGUAAAUUCAGAGCAUUAUCAGAUUGUCCGUUCGUAAAUUCAGAGCGUUUCGGCUCUCGGAGCGUUCAGAGCGCUGGCCGAGGAGUAGGGUUGAACCUAGCGUUCUGACCUCACAAUCAUUGACACUCUUACUGACAGUUGUGGCUGUUUCGCGUGAUGUAUUGUUGUCUCUACCUUCUUGCACUUUGUGCUGUUGUCUGUGCCCAAUAAUGUUUGUACCAUGUUGUGCUGCUGCCAUGUUGUUGUCAUGUUGUGUUGCUGCCAUGUUGUUGUCAUGUUGUGUUGCUGCCAUGUUGUUGUCAUGUUGUGUUGGUACCAUGCUAUGUUGUUGCCUUAGGUCUCUCUUUAUGUAGUGUUGUGGUGUCUCUCUUGUCGUGAUGUGUGUUUUGUCCUAUAUUUUUUAUUUUAUUUUGUAUUUUUAAUCCCAGCCCCGUCCCAGCAGGAUGCCUUUUGCCUUUUGGUAGGCCAUUGUAAAUAAGAAUUUGUUCUUAACUGACUUGCCUAGUUAAAUUAAGGUUAAAUAAAUAAAAUAAAACAACGGCAGUCAAGUACCCAAGCUAACUGGCUAACGUUGGCUAGCUUGCAAGCUACUUCCAGACAUAAAUGAGAGAACACCUCAUUCUGACCAUUUUACUCGCCCUAGCAGAGUUGGUUAGGCUGUUUUCAUGUUAUCAAGAGCGUUGGUGACUGUAAUUGUGCUGCUAGCAACAAUUUAAUUACGCUUUUUUUGCCUACGUUUACUGACACCGGCCACAUUCAACGGGUGCUCUGGCACACUCAGACGAGAGUGCUCUGAAAUUGGAGUAGAUGGCCAGAGUGAAUUUAAGAACACAGCCUAAAUGGUUAAACGGUUUCCGUUGCAAGUCAUUAUGAAUGCACUCUCCUGCUCAAAUGUGAAUGAACGUUCUCCCAGUUGUAGUUGUUUCACAUGGUCGAGCAACUGAGCAAGUUUUCACAUUUUGGGAGAAACAAUUCGCCAAGUAGGCACAACAAUAGGCCUAUAUUGCCCUGUUCAGUGCAUUAUGCAUUCAAUUACCUUUUUGAAACCUUCAAGAGGAGACUGAUAGAAUUCUCACAAUGUCUCAUUUAGGCCUAUAGCUACUAUACUAUUUACUUAGUUGGAACUGAUAAAUGUCUUGUGUGUGUUAUUAUUUAUCUGUUUGUGUUGACAUGGUUACCAUCAACUACACUAUAAGAUACACAAAUCGUUUUAGCUUUGAAUGUGUUUAGGUGCCUAAUACAAAGCUUUCCCCCUAUAAUGAUUAGCUAGACAACAGGCAGAGUAAUGUCUGAUUUAGCAAAAGAAAAGGCAGCUCGUCUUCUGAAGAAGAGAGGUAGUGUGUCAUCUCUUGGCAGCCAUGAUGUCAGAGCCAAGGAAACAAGGGACAAGACCAAGGAGUGAGUACUGUUCUGAAGUUAAGCAUUUAGCUCAAAUUAUUGAAGAAUUUCAGACUUCAUUUAUUUAUCCAGAUCAAUUAGUUAUUUUAUUUUCUCUGAUGGAAGAUUUGCCUUUAUGAUAUUAAAGUUACAUUCAAAUGCUUGAGGUAGAAGUUGCCCUAGCCACAGAUCUAGGAUCAGAUCAGUAGAUGCCAUACUCCCAAUCCUAACCCAAUACAACCAUUAGGGAGAUGGACAAAUAUCUGACCCUGUAUCAGUGGUUGAGGACAACUUCUCAAACACAUACCUUUUGGUGUUCUUCCACUGAAUCUGAAUACAUAUGGAUCUUGACUUGCAGUUCUAUAAGCACCGUAUCCUAUAUCGAUGAGCCUGGUCACCAUGACGAUAACCCUCGACCCGCAGUACAGAUGGAGAACACCUUCCAAUUGGGUGAGGCCUUUAUUUUCACCACAUGGUAACCAGUGCUAGCCUGGCCCCAGAUCUCUCUCUGUUUGACGUGACAAUGACCACAGUUGGUAAGACAACACAAACAGACCUGGGAUCAGGCUAAUAAUGACAUUCUUAUUUGAAGGAGUGGUUAGUUGGGCUACUAUAGCCUUACAUUACCAUACGGCCAAGUCUUGUUCAUCACUCGGCGAGGAAGCCUGGAUGCUACUUGGAUUAUAAUUGAGUAAUUCCAUUGUGGUUACUCAGUAACUACAUCGCAUUGGUGUAACAUUAUGUGAAACGUUAUGCCCCCCUCUUGAAUAGCACCAUAUCGACGCUUCCCUGUUCUCACGGUCAAUGACAUCCUGAAGGAUGUGCUCGCAAGUUACCUGCAAGAGGAGAAGUAUGAAGCUGAGCUCUGUCGGCAGAUGACAAAGACCAUAUCCGAGGUAAUAUUGAUUGUCAUUAAAGAAUGCCUUUGCUUAUGCAGAGCAAAUCAUGAAAUGAUUCAAGAGUUAUUAUUUUAUUAUUAUUUCAGACGAGAUUGGUAUCUGUACAAUUUGAGGUACCUGGUAGCCUAGAUGCCAGACUGCUUCUACAUUCACCUUACCCUAUAUCAUUGCCCUAGCCUGGUCCCAGAUCUGUUUGCUAUCUUGCCAAUUCCUAUGGUCAUAUCGUAGCAAGCUAAUAUCGUUGCCCUACCAUAAUGUCAAAUUGGCUUAACAUAUUGUCAGGCACACAGGCUAACAGUCUUGCAUCUUUUGGCUUCAAUUUCCAAGGAGUUGUUUAUUGUCAUGUAUGGUUGAUCUUAACAUUGAAAUAGAAAUAGCUUCACCAACAGCUCUCUGAUUCACCUUACAGUGUACAUGGCCACAGUCAUGCCACAAAAAAACGCCCGAUUGCCAAAAAGUGACCGGCUGAGAGUUGAAUGGCUGCUAGCGUUCCCUUUCUCCCUUUCAGUCUGUGCCUCUUCCUUGUCCUGUAGGUGAUCAAAGCCAGGGUGAAGGAUCUGAUGGUUCCCCGCUAUAAGAUCAUUGUUCUAAUCAGCAUCGGACAGCUCAGUGACCAGAACAUGCGCAUCGGGAGCCGCUGCCUGUGGGACGCCUCCAACGAUACCUUCUCCUCGCACACCUUCAAGAACAGCUCUCUCUUCGCCGUGGCCAACGUCUACGCUGUUUACUUUGAGUGAGUCGCCGACCACAGUCACAGAUGACUGCCUUGCACUGUGGGUACUCACGUCCUAUAUAGUCCUAUGUAGUCCGUCAUAAGGGCUACAUAACAGUGUUACAAGCAUGACAUAAUUGAUUUGGUAAAAAGUAAUGACUGUUGGUGUCAGUUUAUGACAACGGUGAUGACACAAAUAAUGUUUUGAUCAGUUAAUUGGGCAGGUUUAAAGCUAGCCAACUGGCUUGUGUCGUGACAGUGUGACGUCGAUUGCCACAAAGGGACACCAGCUGUAAUGUCAUUGUCAUGACAGUCUUAUAAAACCCUUAUGACCGAGCGUUCAAGUCAAGUGUAACCAAAUUGCCUAUGUUCAAUUUCUGUGUUCAUACCACAGAAUGUGGGUAUUCUAAAGUGUCUAUCAUGUGUAUGAUGUUCAUUUGCAUAUCAUGGAGAAUGGUUGUGUGGAAGUGCUGUGAAACCUUCAAAUGAAGGUCAUGCCUAGAGCAUUGGGGUUUUUGUCAAACAAACGUAUCAAGGAAGUAUCAUCGGCAAUAAGAAUAUAGUCUCAGGUAAAAGGAAAUAAGUUCAUACCGUAGUCUGAAUAUCUUUCUUGAAAUUAUUAAUUUUGGUUACAUAUGUUAUUGUCUGUAUAAUAAUGUACCAAUUCUGUAUAAUACAGCAUUUCCUGAUCAUUUAAAUCUCAAAUAGCUUUUGGAAUCACUGUGGCACAUCGUCACACACUGUCUUCUAGCAUAUUUUGAAUAUUGCUCUCAGAUUUUGGAGGGCAUGUUUGAUAUUUUUAGGAAACUUAGACUAAAGAAAUAGUCUAAGUUUCAUCCCGAGAGGCAAAGUCUGUACAGUUCUCAUACAGACCUCAUUCAGCGGAAAUGUUAUUGAACUGAUGACUCAUGGGUUUUCAGUAUCAUAACUUGCUGAAAUAAUUUGCUGAUCUUGUCACAACUCGCUGAAUAGAUUAUCGAUUUUGUACAGUUGUCCAGUCAAAUGUCUACUUGCUGACUGUGACCCAUUCGCUUUGGUUAGCUAAAAUGCCCCAUUGUACAACAUGUAUUGCCUCUUGUUGUAUUAACCAAAGUCAGGUCAAUGAUAAUAAAGCAAUCUGAGG